AUGGGGAAGCGGAUCACUGCAGACAAAGGGCAGGAGGAGGCGGUGCAAGAGCAGGCAGAAGAGGGGGAAACACACUGGUAUUUUCUUGGUCUAGGAACCUGUGAGCUGCAAACAAUCCAAGCCAUUCAAAAUAUUGAAGGUUUAUCUCAACUUUGUGAGGAGUCUGUGAACACAUCGGCGCAUGUGGACCCUCUUGCAGGUCUAAAACGCUUAGUGGAUAGUAUCACGCCACCCGGAUUCGACAAUUUGUACAAACAGCCAAAAAAUCCUCAACUACAGGAUAUAACCAACAACAGCGGAUACAGGAGAGCCUUUAAGCCAAACUUAACGAGCAGUCCGGAGGUGUUGCUUGGUAAACGUUGCAACAGGGGACCAUCUUCAAGCAGAAAACGCAUCAGGCUGGAAGACAGCUGCAUACUGUUAGAUACAGAUUUGAACAAUGCUGGACAGUCUACGAAUGGAGAAAGUGUGUUGCACAAUGAUGUCCAGGAUGUUUUAAACAAGGACGAAUGGUCGGAGGAUUUGACGGACAUCUGGGAUCAGAACAGUUUCAGCGAACCAGUCGAAAAAACUGUUGCUGCCGCACCACCGAAUGUUGGAAUAAACGCUUCGGACAAACACAGAGACACUGACGCAAAUGAGUUACGAUCAAACCAAGAGCAUGAGCAUCAAGAUCAGGUAGGACCCGAUGGUGAUUUAAACAGUAUUGGCGAGGUUUUAACUGUUCUAAGACAGAUUUCUGAAGAAAACAGAAAAAUAUUGCUAGAUAACAAAACAAUCACAGAAUCAAACAGAAAACUAACAGAAGCUUGUAUUAAAUCUUCCCAAGACAACGAAAGGUUGUCACAGUUAAAUGCAAAGAUAUCUCAAGAAAAUUUGAACAAUUUAAUUGAGCUACGUAGACAAUCUGCCAUUAACCGUAGACAUGAAAAAGGUAUUCAAGAGAUACACAAACAACUAAAUAUAUAUCUGGAUGAAUUUAGAAAAUUUGAUAUGUCUGGUAAUGUGUCAAAAGAUCAAUUCAAAUCUUUAAUACAAAUAAUGUUUAAAAUGCAAAAGGCGUUAGAGAUAAAAUUAUCGCCAUUUCUGCCUAUUGCGGGGCCAUCCUCUCGUGUUUAGUGUUGCCAAUAGUUAGAGGCUAGUGUUUUUCCACAUUGUUACAGAAGUCAUCAUUUUCACAUAUUUUCAAUGUAUAUUUACAUCUAAAACAAACAAUCAGACAAAUAUGGCAUCUAAAAGAUUUUGGGGGUCAGACAACAACCCGUGUGUUAGAGAUGAAUAUGAUUCAUUGAACCAGUUGUCUAUUGAUGAACAAUUGCAGCGUCUAAGCGAAAUGUAUGAGGCGAAUGUUAACCCUAAUGUUCAGCAAAACAUUGAUACACAACACUUUGGCAACCAUUAUGUUUUGUCUAAUCAUUUAACCAUUGACGAACAAAUGCGGUAUCUAAGUAAUACGUAUGAUACACCUAUUAACGGUCCAAGUAAUAACCGACAAGUAACAUUCACACAGGGUAAUGCAGAUGUUGACUUGUUUAGAAAUCGUACCACACAGGCCCCGCCAUCAAAGCGUUGUAGGUUUAGUGAUAGUUGGCAGACAGAUGUAUUGGAACAGAUGUCGCACAGUGAGCAGUUGUCUUUUCUACAGGACAAUGUCAACCUUGUUUUAGAAUCUGUAGAGAGGGAUACACAAACUAUUCAUACAGAUCAGACAGGUGGUGGUACACAUGAAAAUAGACAUCCGCCACUCGAUCCGACAGCAUCCAACUUUGGUUUAUCUGACAGCGAUAUUGCGGGCUUAGUGAGAAAUGGUGGCGUUGUGGGUGAUUACACUAUAGUUCCGAGAUCGCGGUUUAAUAGUAUUGUGUUACACAGGUCGUUGAAUUUACGUCAUGCGCCAUCUACAGACAUGGGUUCGUACGCUACUUAUGUGCACAAUGUGUUAUCGCAAAUAGUGUCAUUCUCCAGAGUGUUGGCUGGUGAUGGCGGUGUUAUUGACAUUACCCUUAGAGGCCAUAGUUUAACAUCUGAUGUGAACGCUGUGUUGUCUUCCAGAGAUGGUUAUAAUGUGAACAGGUUUUUGGAUGCUAUUGAAAGGGUUGUGCAAAGUAACAAUAGUAUUAAAACAGACAAUAGUUUGGUGUUGACUGUCUCGAUAGCCAUGGUUAAAAAUGGAGGUGUGCGAAGUAGGGUGCGUGACCUUGCACACAAUCAGGUGAUUGACCGGAACAGAAUGAACCUUUUUUGUCCAACAAACACCUCAAACAAACUGUGUUUUGCAAUCUGUAUCGCACAUUUUUUAAAUCCAUCUACGCCACACAAUGCAUUAGAAACCAUAGCAGAACAGAUUCAGACAGAUGUUGGCUACACGA